GUCGACUCUCAGCUUUUCUCCGAGGUGAGUCGGGCCGUUAGUGUCGUUGUCGUAGGAGAGAAUGGUAGUAAUGUGUAUCGCGGAGUACCGUGCACCCUGAAGGACGUCGUCAUCACCGAGUACUGGUCCUUCUUCACCUUCCUCGUUUCGUUUGUUCGGGUAUUCGAGCCACGAACGACGUUCGGUCAUCGAAUCGAGAUCCUUCCUCUCUCGUAUCCUGGAGCAAUCCGUUCUGAACGGUUCGUGUGACCCGUUUCGUGCUUCACUUUUUCACGGAUGCUCGGUAAUCUCGAGGACGACGACGACGACUACCUGUUCCUCAGUAUCGUAGCUCGCGGUGGUGCCGUGUGAGGUGAACGUACACAAAGAGACCGGAGAGUGGAGUCCGACGGGAGAAUUCGAGGAAAAUAAACAGGAAAAAGGAGACGAAGAGGACACCAAGAUGCCCUGUUCCGCGGUGACGCUGUCCCUUGCAACCAUAACCGGUAUCAUUGCCACUGGCCUCCUGGCGAUCGCCUUUUCCACGGACAACUGGCUCUACACGGAGGUCAAGCGCGCCCAAAUCCAGCAAUACGCAGCCAAGCAUGCCGAGCAGAGCCACUUGGUGGAGCAAAUGAACACAAAGUACUAUUAUUACACGAGAACGCAGGGUCUCUUCAGGAUAUGCUAUCCCAAAGAAAGGCCUCCGACUGUUCAAACGUACCUGAGUCCUGUGGAGACCCACUGUAUGAACAUCAACUACUUCAUCCCCGAUGAAGAGAACCUGACGAGGGCCUUCUCCGACGAUGCGAUGACUCGACUCCACAUGGGCAGAUCGGUUAUAGCUCUGUUUAUAGUGGCAUUCGUUGCGAUCUUUACGGCGUUUUGGACGGGAGUGGUAGGCUGCUGGAAGAGGUCACCGGGAAAUAUCACAGCCACAGCCAUUCUGAUGCUGCUAGCAUGUCUGUUAAGCGCUAGCGCGAUGGGACUCUGGCACGGGGUGGAGUACUACGAGAAAGAGAAGAUCGUCGGCGAGGAGUACUACCAACAAUGGACCAACGUUUUAAGGGACAACACGGUGCAGUGGUACGGCUGGUCGUUUUACCUUGCCUGGCUGGGGGUGGCGACGUGUUUAGGCACGAUGACGCUGUUUUUGAUCGCGGCGUCCUGCCUGCGGCGGGAGCACGCCCGCGAGCAGGCUCAGAACGUUCAAUACAUCAUGCCAGUGUAUCCACAAAAACAACAGUAUGCCUACGCCAGUUAUCCAGCACCAGCGGCAUACCCGGGACCAUACUAUCACGGAUCGCAGUACGGACCGUAUAAUUACUGAAGGAUUCUCGUGUCAUCAUUAUCGACAAGGGAAAGUGUCUUGAGCGCGAAACGUGCUCGCAAUCUACAAAAUAAUGUAAUCUGACAAGCGACGUUUCCCAAAGGGAACGAUAAAAAUCGAAACGAACGAGAUAAAAAAAAGGGAGACUCCGAGAGACUGAUCGUAAAUCCUAAACCGAGCCGAAAGAAGAGAAAAUGUAGGGAAUAAGAACAAUCGUGGGUCUCGUCCUGGGCUAUAAUUUAACAUUCAUGUCUGUCUUUUUUUUAUGCUACGUUAGUGACGCUCUGGUGCAUAAUCGCGGGUCCCACGAUUUUCAACCCAAGUUUUCUGUUUCGGCAGGUGACUAUUUGGAUAGUGAUCGCUCGAACGGGGUUCACUCGUGAAAGAGACAAUUGCUCAAAAACAUCUUAUUUAAAACUAAGAUGAUACAUACAUUUUGUUCUGUUUCGAAACUAAUAUUUGUAUUAAUCUGUAUGUGCUGACCGUGCUAGGACAAUAAUAAUAGUACCUAAUAAUAAUGCGUAUCGAGCAUGGGAGAGAUAUAUUGUACUUCGUUCGAUUGGCAACGUGAUCUUCUUAGAAAAAUGAAGAACAGUGUGUCAUUCAACAUUUAGCUUACAAUAUCAUGACGAAUACUUAAUUUUUGAACGAUCAGUUGAGCAUUUAAUUUAUCCUUACUGCACAAAUUGAUACAUACACAUAUGCGUGCGUAUUUAUAUAUAAUCAGACGACAAAUUUAUCAACUGCAGCAAGGAUAUGUGACUGAGGAAAAUCAGUAAUUUAUUUAAUAAGAGUUAGCGAAUCAAAAGAAAAGUAUCGGUGAAAUCUUUGUUGAUUUACGCUCUAAUCGAGUAAAAAUUACGAUCGUGGCUGUAAGAGGAAGAUUCGGCAAUAUGGUGCACGAGAAAUAUCAGAACGAUGUUAAAUGAGAACAGAAAGCGUAAAAUGGGUGCAUCCCGUAUCAUUUACAAAUAUCUCGUUUCAUAAUAACGACUCGCGUCAUCGACUCACUAGACUUUCUAACGUAUAUUGAUCUUCUCUUUUUUUAUAACGUCGACUUGUAAGAUUUCUUAUUGCGAUAUUUUUACGUAAGGUAUUCAAACAUUUCAAUUACUUUAUACGUGCUUGUUCGAGCAAAUAAAUCGAACCAGACUUACUCCAACCAUUACAUUUCCCAAUUUUUUACGAUACUAUGCUUAAAAAGGAAACGACAAAUUGAUUGAAAACUCGUUGCCGUAAGUAUAACUGUUUUCAUAAAUUCGCAACUGUAUUAUUUCCCGAAAGAAACUAUUAGGCGAAAACCUAUUCCUCUUUAUGUAUUAUAAAAGGUGCAACACGUAUCAUUAAAUGUUGUUUAAUAUAUAUUUAA